CAUGCGAACAAGCGACGCCUCUAUAGAAAAAAGUGAAUCUUCCAAAAUAUCACCGCCCUUAAAAACGGGUUCGCUUCUUCAGUUACUUUGUAAAUUCAAUGGAGGAUGUAGACCAGAAUCUUUGCACAUAGCAAUGCGAAAUAAAUACAACGAAAACUUACAAUUCCUACAAAAACUUACAAGCACGACUAAUGAAGAUAUCGCCGCCGCGGGAAUUGGACAACGUGAAUUUUCUGAUGUUUGA